GUGACGCGGGACACGGCGUCGCCCCCUCGCGGGGUGCCCAUGCUCGCCGGCGGGGUUGGGCAGCCCCGGGCUCUGCCGCCGGUGGUGACCUACCAGGUCAGCCACAAGGACGCGGCUGCAGACUUCGAGCCCCUCAGGUCCUGGGGGCACGCGCGGGCGCCAGGGGCUGCCAAAGUAUGCAUUCGCCGGCGACGGCGAGGGGACGGGGCGCCUGCGCUAUCCGUGAAGAGCUUGACGGGAUCGCCGUCGUUCAGACGUGGCAGAUGCUUUCUUUCCAUCCUCACUUCUCGAGCGAUAUGCUGUAAGUUUCGUUUGUCCACGGACUGA